UCUUCUUCUUCUUAUGUAAAUAAUACUACAAUUACUUCUUGAAAAACCAAAAGGGUAAAAACCCUUUUAAAACAAAAAUCAAUAAAAUUGAAAAACAUGUCAGGUUUUGCAAGGGCGAAACGAGUUACUGACCCCCUCGACGACAAAGCUAAAGCUCGACUCAUUGGUUGUCAACUCAGUUGCUUUAGUAGCGGGAGUGAGCACUCAGCUGAUCAUGACGACUCACCUUGCCUGUCUGACCUCGUUCACGGCUUUCUUGAAGAGGAAGACUCCGGUUUUGCUCACGCUUCGACUAAUGGUCAUGGAUCAGAUUCAAAGAGUGUCGACUUAGUCGCCGACUGUACCGACUUCGUCGUAGACAUGAUAAGAAGCAGUAACGAUAAUUUAUUGUUCGCUCAUGUUUCGAAAGCGAUGGAGGAGUUUUCGUGUUUGAGAAAUCAUCAAAGACCUGUUUUGCUGCGCAAAGUGAUGUUGUUUUUGAGAGAAUUAGGUCACAAUGCAGCGAUCUGCAAGACUAAAUGGGAGUCCUCUGGUGGCGGCUUGACCGCCGGCAGCUACGAGUUUAUCGACGUGGUGGUGCAAUCGAAAUCCUCCGCAUUGCAGAACCGUUACGUAGUGGAUCUCGAUUUCGCUUCUCAAUUCGAGAUCGCGAGGCCUACGAGCCAGUACUUGAAGCUUCUGCACCAUCUUCCUCGUGUUUUCGCAGGCAAAAGUGAGGAUUUGAAGACGAUCGUGAGGAGCAUAAGUGACGCCGCUAAGAGAUCUUUGAAGAGCAGAGAACUCUCCUUGCCUCCUUGGAGAAAAAACCGUUACAUGCAAAACAAGUGGUUCGGUCCGUACCUCCGGACUGUCAAUCCCCUACCUACGAACUCCUUCACACCGUCACCGUCAGUCAACGUUGUGAAAUGCAGGCGUGUAGGCUUCGACGACGCCGUCAACGGCCGUUUGUUUGUUCGUACGUGAUGGUUAUGGUUGAAGACGAUUUUUUAGAUAGAGAAUAAUAAUUAUUUCUAAUAAUAAUAAUAUGCCAAUUUUGAAC